UACAAUCAGACUCUAAUAUGAUUUUAUUAUUCUGUUCUGUUCAGAGCAUGUUGUUGGACAAGAAGGAAGAUUUAGUUUUACUGAUUAAUGUUUUCCUGACUUUUUAAGGGGAUAAAUGUGUUCUGCAUUAACAGAAAACAAGAAAGAGGGAUGAAGAAGAUACAUAAUCAUAUACUUUAAUAAACUGGAAACAUAUUGUAUCCCUCUUGGUCCUCAAGAACAAGUGUGCACAGUAGAUAUAGUAUGGAGAUUUUCAUCAGUAUAAAAUAAAAAGUUCUCAUGUUUUAUCUUGUUCUAAACAAGACAUCUGAAUGAAACAAUGAGGAUUAUAUUGUUAAUUUUUCUGAACAGAAAAUCAUGUAUAAAAUGACUUGCAGAUUAUAUGAGCAAAAACAUCACCCCUAACAUCUGUACCUAUCUACAGUUGCUAAUAAAAGUGUUUAGAUUACAGGAAUUUAGGACAAAGGUUUUAGCCCUGCUAGCUUGCUGAUUUAAAGUGACAUGAUUUUUUUUAAACUUAAACGCUCAAGCCAAUAAUAAAAGAAAAAGCUGGGACUGAAAAUAGAGCUGGUGGCUCCAAUCCUGCAAAGAUUUAACUCAGAUGCUUAACUUUGUGCAUUGUGCCUAACUUAAUUGAGAUCACACACAGAACGUAAAGUUUAUGCUUAGCACAUGCAUAAAUUUAUGCUUAGCAUAUUCAUACAUUUUCAAAAGCUGGUCUUUUUGUGAGGGUCCCUAGGGUGGCUUAGCAGUCAGACAGCUCCACUUUAAGGUACAUGACUAGGGGCCAAGCAAGGUAAAUCAGAGCAGACAAUACUGAUCACUCAGUCUGAGUUUUCGCUCAGUCCAUGCUACUUCGUCCACUACUUUGUACCUUUAGUGCCGGAUUCUCUGGAAAAACAGUCCCUCGGAGCUAGAGGGUGGGCGCUUGGAACAAGGGCGGGGUCCUCUCACUCACUUACACAAUACAGAUCCUGCGGAAAGAAAAACUACACCUCCCAGGCAGCCCUGCAGGCGCUAUGCGGAGGAGGGAGUAUUGCUGCAGCGGGAUUCAUCCCGGUUCAGUUUCCGUAAGGACGUGUUUGCAGCAGCUGCUAUGCCUCUAUUGUGUCUCCUCCCUCCUGCCUCUCUGGAUGCUGCCUGUAGAGUGUGAGGCUACAUUAACAACAAGGUGUUAACCCUUGAGGGCUCAGCUAGAGCGAGGAAGAGUGCGCAGGAGAUGCUAGCUCACCAAACAGAAGAGCGAUCCUCCAGGAGCACCAAGGCAUUCCCUGGGAAAUACCCAUGUGAAAUCAACACGGUUGCCUAGGAGAAGCGUGUGGCGCUCAUGAGCAGGUCCCCAGAGAAUCCUCCCUGAACAGCGACUCAGGGAGAUUUGGGGAAUGGGGAGCUGCUGCAAGAAACAGAAGGGGCUCAGUAGGAGCUGAAAGAGGACAUUGUCCCCGAGCGAGGAAGUCUGUUUUAAAUUAGAGUGCAACCAGGCAGCCUGCCCCUUCCUUCUGUGAUAUACAAAUCAAAGCUGGUAUCCUCAGCAGACAACGACAAGAAUCUCUGUCGUUUUAGGAGAGCAUGGGGCACCCUGCGUUAGAGUUCAGCGACUGCUACCUGGACAGUCCAGAUUUUCGAGACAGGCUGAAAUGUUAUGAGCAGGAGCUGGAGAGAACCAACAAAUUCAUAAAGGAUGUGAUUAAAGAUGGGAACGCACUUAUCAGUGCUAUAAAAAGUUACUCUUCUGCUGUGCAGAAAUUCUCUCAGACUCUACAGUCCUUUCAGUUUGACUUUAUUGGGGACACACUAACCGAUGACGAAAUUAAUAUUGCUGAAUCCUUUAAGGAAUUUGCAGAGUUGCUUCAGGAGGUAGAACUUGAGAGAUCAAUGAUGGUCCAAAAUGCUAGUGAUUUGUUGAUCAAACCACUGGAAAAUUUUCGUAAGGAACAAAUAGGCUUCACCAAGACUUGACGACGAUUGAGCUUUU